AUGCGCAAAAAGGAGGGAAUGAAAGGAGAAGAUGAAGAGCAGAGGAGGAGGAGGAGGAGGAGGAGGACAGCAGCAUCAUGGACUCCUGAUGGUGUUCUCCUCUCCUCCAAAGAGCGCGCGUGCGUGUGUUUGGUGGUAUAUUUGUGGUAUUUGUGCGCCCCUCGCUGUAGUCCAGAUGUUUCCUCAGUACAAAGAACAUCUGUGUCUCCUCCUCCUCCUCCUCCUCCUCUCCGCUCUGAGUGUGUUUUGCUCUCUGGAAUGAGGAGAUCUCGGUUUCCACAUGUGAUGGAGGAGAAAAUUGGAAAUUAG